ACCACCGGAGGAGCAAAGCGGGGGUCCCGGCGCGGACCAGCGGCUGUCAGUGUGGUGAGAGAUGGUGGCUUCGUAUUUGCUUUGGGAGGGGGCACCGGAGGCGGGAGGAGCAGGCCAGGCCUGAGCCACGGUGAGUGAGGGCCAGGGAAGAUCCGCAGAGUCGGUGUGGCAGGAGGGGAUGCCUUGGCCCCGCUCUGUCGGGCGGAGAGCGAGCGGACACCUCCGAGGGCAUCCGUGCCUCUCCCGGUGAGAUCGCAGGAUUUCUCCGGGGGGAUGGCGCCAGGAACGUACAGCGGGCAGCUUCUGCUUGAGAAGUUAAGAACUUCGCAGGUGGGCAUCUGGGUCUCUGCUCCUGGGACGCCCGCGUCCUGCCUUCCCAGCGGCGCCAUCUGGGCCCGUCUUGCUCCGCUGCGUUGCCCCCAGAGCCUCCAUCCCGGCCUCCGCGAAGGACUCCUCCGUCCUCCUCUGCCGUCCUCCGUCCUGGCUUUGAGCAGAGGGGGAGCAGACUUCCUCGGGAUCCGGCAAGGCGCCGCGAGGCACGGGGUGUUGUGAUGUCUCCACAAGGUUGUGACCCUUCAGAAGGGCAGCAGAGGGUUCCUGGUGCUGAGCCAGCCUUCGCCAAGCAAUCCUGGUCAGCGUUCCCGGGCAGAGCUGCGUGGAGCUGAUGGGAAUUGAGGUCCGCAACGUCUGGAAGGCACCAGAGUGCGGGGGGCUGCCGAGGUCAUGCCACCUUGCUCUCCCUCUCCCCUGUGAUGGAUGGGGUGGCUGCCUUUCGAUGCACUUCCGCUCAAAUCUGUGUUAGGUGCAUUAUCUGCCCUGCAUUUUCCCUCUUCGAAUGUAUGCUAUUUAUUCUUUAUCGCAUUUGCAAUGGACGUGACCAUCGAAGGGGUAAGCAGUUAAUCUCUGUAAUGAAAUUGCCCAGGCCGAGGGGCAGCGUGACUGGGCAGCCGCACUCUUGGUCUGGGAUCUAGUCCCACAAUCCCGAAUGUGAGAUCUGGGAAUAAAGGGACAGGUUUGGCUCAGAUGCUGCAGGCUUAAAGGAACACAACAGCCAGGCCUUUGGUGCAUUUAGUCAAUAUUCCUGACACUGAAUGGCAGCAGUGGUUUCAGACGCCAGGGACUGAACGUGGAACCUUCCGCAGGCAAGCAUCUUAUCGGUGAGCUACUGUCCUUCACCUAAAAAGAAAGGUUCUAGUCCUCAUGGUUCUGAAUAAAAACUGGUUUAAAUAGGAAUAUAGGAAACUGAGUCCAAGCCUUUGGUCCAUCUAGGCUGGUAAUGUUGAUAUGAACUGGAAGAUGCGGCUUUCUGGGGUUUCAGGCAGGAACUUUCCUCUGGGAAUGUAGAGGACAGAACAAGGACAGAAAGCAGGUGUUCCACCUGGAACAACGGCUCCUCCCAAUCCGCACAAGCAAGGGCAGCGCACUUGGCACAUGAGCAGAAGCUGCGUCUUUCUAUUCCAGACCUCAGACUUCAAAAAUAUAUUUUAACGUUCUCAGAUGAACAAGCUUGGUUCACGUGUGAUGACAAACCAUGGUUUAAUGAACAAGCACUGGGUUUGUUCAUGGAUGAUUCUCCCAGGCUAUGGAGGCCGUGAGCGAUCGCAGUUUAAAAAAAACCUCCUCUUGCCUUUGUUUAUGCCAGUCUACAAGGCUCAAAAGUAUUUGGGAUACAGGGACGGAACUGGUCAAAGCAAAGGGAAGCAAACAGCCCCAGGAACUGGGUAAACCAUGGUUUUCGUGGAUCUGACAGGGCAUCAUGGCCAGGGCAACAAACCAUCAUUUAAAUAAGCCAUGGGUGAGUGUUGUGUGCAGACCCCGCCAGGCUACCGAGGGUAGCAUUGCUCCGAUGCCAGGCCCGAGGCAGUGUUCGGUGGCGACCACCCUCUUCAAGGGCAUCGGAAGACCUGAGCUCCAUCCAGUCGGGUGCUCUGCCUCCAGCAGGAUGCAUGCAAGUCCGCCGUGUACGCAGCUCCUCAGGGACUGGUGGACGCAGGCACGCCGCCUCUGGGGAACGAGGUGGCCAUGGCCAGCAAGGCUGGUAGCCACAGAUCGCUUCCUCCCUUGGAACCUGUCCAACUCACCCCCCCCACCUUUAGGGCCACCCUGAGCUGCAUCCAUCACGACUUUGAAUCUUUUGAUUUUCUGAAUUGAAUGCCUUUCCUUUCCCUGCCCACAUACCUCUUUUUACAAAUGCAGGAUCCUUUAAAGACACACAUCCUGUACAUAGAGAGAGACUUUAGGGCUGAUAAAAAUUCACAACUUCACACUGGAGUUUUAUCCCCACACCCCUUAGACCCGUGGGCCUAUGUCCUGGUGUGUAACACCCCCUUAUUUCUGAUUAAGUUUCUGCCACAGAAAUCAAUGAACCUUUCAGGCGUCCUCAGACCUUCUUGCAAAAGCUGGCAUUUUCCCAGUCGGCAACCACAGAUGGUUGGUUGUCUGGCAGCUGACUUAGGGGUUAACUCUGCAUAGAGCAAUAACCUGUGGGUUAAUUAAGCCAUGGUUUGUCAUCAGCUGUGAACUAGGGCAGAAACUUCGUCAUCCUCUUGGCACCUCUAAGGGCAUUCAAGAAGACCCUUUCCAGGUACCUCCACACCUGUGACUAGGUUUUUUUUCUUUACCAAGGUGGUACCCAUCCAGGAACCCUGAUUGGCUGCUUGUUGCCUUGACAACUGCUUCUAGCUGAUGACAGCCCGGAACCUGGGAAAUAUUUGAUGAUGGGGUUAAGGAGGAUGCUAGGAUAAACUUUGUGGCUGGCCGGGUUUUAUAUAUAGAUAUUUCUCUAAGCAAGGGCUUAUAUUUAGCCCUGGCUGGAUACAACUUCUCCUUUGAAGAAGCACACAGACAUAUCUCCUGAAGGAGGUAGAUUCCUGUAAUUAAAUGCCCAGGAGCUUUUAUUUUAACAAACGGUGCGUCCAGACAAGUAUUGUUUCUCUUCUCUCUCCGGGCUGUGCCAAUCCUGUGGUUGAUAUUUCAUUUCUUUGCAAUGACUUCUAAAUUCCUGACAUGUUACAACAAACACACAGAUGCACCCCACCUCUGAGACCGGAGGUCACCUAUGGUCAUAAGGACUAGCAGCCAUUCCUUGCCUGAUCCUCCACAAACUUUUCUAGUAAAACAGUUGCGAAGAGGCUUGGGCGGGGAUUUGGGAGGCCUGAGUCCCUGUUUGGCCACGAAAUUCACUGAGCACCUUUGGGCUGGUUGCUGCGUCUCAGCCUAGCCUACCACGCAGGACUGUUGUUGGGAAGGUGAAAUGGAGAGGAGAAAGGUCAGCAAGGUUUCCUUGCGAGAGGCAGAAAUGAGGGGAUAAAAUGCAAUUAAAUGAUGUUAAUACAACGGGGAGCUGCCUCUGGGUGUUGCAGGGCUUGUGCAUCGGUGAGCCUACAGUCGCUCUGCUUGGGGGCCUCGGGAUCUUGCGUUCGUUGGGCCUGAGAAGGCAACCGAGUGCUGCAUGCGAUGAACGUCCUUCUUUUCCCACCGGCCUUCUUCUUUGCAGGUCGAACAAUGAAGCCCGUUUCAUGCCUCCUCCUGGCAACGCUUCUGAGAGCUGCAAUUUUACAAGAACUGGAGGACCCCGACGCGAUCACGAAAUGCACAGAUGGCUACGACUGGGAUCCGGAGAGCCAACACUGCAAAGACGUGAACGAGUGCGAGACCAUCCCACAGGCGUGCAAGGGGGAGAUGAAGUGCAUCAACCAUUUCGGCGGCUACCUGUGCCUGCCGCGCUCGGCCUCCGUGAUCAACGACGUGAGCUCGGAAAGGCCCCCUCCGCCCAGCCCACCCCGGCCAAGGCACCCGCACCCCGUCCCCCGCCAGAGCACCUGCCCCCAGGGCUACGAGCCGGACGGACACGGACCCUGCGUGGACACCGACGAGUGUGAAUACGAUUUGCACGACUGCCAGCCGAGCCAGCAGUGCAUCAACACGCCCGGCGGUUUUCACUGUCAGUGCCCGGACGGCUAUCGGAAAAUUGGCACAGAAUGUGUGGACAUAGAUGAGUGCCGCUAUCGCUACUGCCAGCACCGUUGCGUCAACUCCCCCGGCUCCUUCUCCUGCCAGUGCGAACCCGGCUUCCAGCUGGCCAGCAACAACCGCUCGUGCGUGGAUGUGAACGAGUGCGAGAUGGGGGUCCCUUGCCAGCAGCGCUGCUUCAACACAUACGGCACGUUCAUUUGCCGCUGCAACCAGGGCUAUGAGUUGGACCACGACGGCUUCACCUGCAAAGAUGUGGAUGAGUGUAGCUACUCGACCUACUUGUGUCAGUUCCAGUGUGUGAACGAGCCGGGACAUUUCUCUUGUGUCUGCCCCCAGGGAUACCAGCAACUGAGCACCCGCCUCUGCAAAGACGUGAACGAAUGUGAGACGGGAACCCACCAAUGCACCGAAUCCCAGAACUGCGUCAACUACUACGGAGGAUAUCGCUGCGUGGAGAAGAACCGUUGCCAGGAACCAUACAUGCAAAUCGCAGAAAACCGCUGCCUCUGUCCAGCCACAAACCCACUCUGCCGAGAUAAACCAUCAUCCAUCAUCCACCGAUACAUGAGCAUCACGGCUGACCGGACGGUGCCGUCUGACAUCUUCCAAAUCCAGGCCACCAGCAUCUAUCCUGGGGCCUACAACACCUUCCAGAUCCGCUCGGGCAACGAGCAAGGAGAAUUCUACAUCCGGCAAAUCAACAACAUCAGCGCCAUGCUGGUCUUGGCCCGGCCGGUGACAGGCCCCCGCGAAUUCGUUCUGGAUUUAGAGAUGGUCACUGUGAACACCCUGAUGAAUUACCGUUCCAGCUCCGUCCUGCGUCUCACCGUCUUUGUGGGCGCCCAUUCAUUCUAGCUGCACUGCGGCUUGCCCUGACCUGGCCGAGGAGGGGACAGAAAACAUCUGCAGGAAGGGAAACAGGAUGUGACGUCACAACACCAAAUGCCAGGGCAGGAAGCUUUGCAUCUCUCCUGUCCGCCCACGAACCAGGAGCACCACUCACCAGGACUUGAGAGAGCCUCUGGAAGCUGCGGGGGCUUGCAGCUGUGUACCAUGGUCGUGGAAUGACAGCCAGCCCCCUCCAGCACAGCCCUUUGAGCCAUUGCGCUGCCCAGCGAUGCUACCCUGUCUCCUGCUCCCGAGGAAGGAGAGAAGUCACCCUGCAUCUCAGAGAAUGGAUGGCACGUUGGACUUUGUGGCGAUGCUCCGGUUCUGUCGUUCUGGUUAAAACAGAGGAAAAGACCAACAAAAAUGAGUAAAACAGUUUUUUUAAAGGAAACAAUUCAAAGAGACCGUUUGUGGUGUUCCUAUAUUGCCCCGAUGCCCCCAAACCUCCAGACCACAUUCGGGUUCUGUUCUGGUCCUUUUCCGCCAGGCCAGAGUGGGGGAGCAAGAGAAGCGAGGGGAAUUUAUCUGACCAGAACCUGCCUGGGUUUUCUCUAGCAGUUAGAAAGCAUUUUUACUUGCCAUUGUUGGAUUGAGUCCCUAUCUCAAAACAAGCAAACAAAAACCCAACCCCAACCGACUUACCAACCUUAAGCAGUCCAACUUCCUUCCUUACAAGGACAGCCUAAAACAGUUUGGACUUUUUAGUUUAGAAUAAAGUUUUUAAAACUACGUGCAGUGUGGAGAGUUGUAGAUGUCUCUAGCAAAGGGGCAUUUCUCUUACUGGUGCUCAGAUUGGCCUCCCUGCCGUGGCUCUACUGCCCCCAUUUGGAGUGAGCCCCCCAACCCUUGAGAUAUUUGAGGACUGUAAUCAUGCCUUCUUAUGGUUCUGUCUUCCCCAGGUUAAGCCCAGCCGGUUCUUCCAAGGGUUCUCGAUAGGACUUGCUUUCCAAACGUCUCACCGUCCGCUCGGUUGGCCUCCCUUGGUGCUGAGCGUAUUUAUUCCACACUUGUGAAGACUAGUGGAAAGGACCUCCGGGUGCUGGUCGACUGCAGGCUAGACAUGAGCCAGGCGUGUGACGCGGCUUUCAAGGGAGCAAAUGCCACCCUCGGAUGCAUAGCCAGAAGCAUGGCUUCUCGAUCGAGAGAGAAGUUACUGCCACUCUG